AUGGAUUUACGAUUCCGCAUGCAUGUGCACAGCUAUGCCGGUAAACCCCAUAUCACAAACAGAGCCGCAUUCCUAAACCUAUACCAUGGUACUCUCCAACGUUGUUUCUCAAAUACUGCUAUUCUCAGAUCUUUGCAUGGCACAAUUACGCCUGAGAAUUUUGUCUGUGGAGCCAAGACGGUAGAAAGACCAUCUGUAGAUAGCUUCAGAGCCGAUCCCCAUGCCAAACGUGUUGAUGUCAGUGCAAUGCUCCCACGACGAAAAGGUACACAAAGGGAGGUAGGAGGUAUCACAAGAGAUAUAAUCCAAAAACAUGUAUUCUGCCCCAAAAAGGAACCCCCUGGGAGGGUAAGCAGAGAAAUUGGUGCUAUCUCACCUGUCAAGAGGGAUCAACAUCCUGAUCGAGCAUCUCUCGUCUUUCAAAAGCAAGUCCAGCCUUCAGAGGAGGCUCGAAAGUUCAAUUAUAACCAAGAUGAAAUCACGUGCCCUCCAAGCCCCAUGUCUGGAGAAUUAUACGACAGACUUCGCCUCAGUGAUCCUCUUAAGAUCGUCUCGUUAUACAACACCCCCAUACAGUUUGACGUUAUCCGGGACAUCCUCAAUCUCCCACCCACUGCCAGCCCGGAGGUGACGCGGCUCUGGAACACAAUCGUGGUAAAUGACACCCCGGUGGAAGUGGCCAUGGCCGACCCACGCGCGUUAUCCAAACUCCAAUCCUUUUACAUCUUUCUCCAUGCAAAAGGAUCCCCCAGGGUUACUGGUUUCUACGAGAAUACGGUGGGUCUCUUGUGGUGCAAUUCCCGGUUUGAAGACGCCUUUACCGCACAUUCAAUGCUUUACCCCGUGCACAAGCCCGACUCCUGGCUAAAGCUCGUUCAGCUCGCCCUUAUCAACCGUAAUACCGAGAGUAUUCCCGCGUUGCUUCGAAUCCACGCCACCUUGGACGUUUCAGCAGACGGAUUCAGUGCCCCUCACACCAGAUUCUUAGAGUUUCUCUAUGACAACGUCUCAGACUCGGAGCUUCUCUGUUCCUGGCAAACGCACCUCAUCGCAAGCGGCGAUCUCCCCCUAGACUCCAACAAAAAUUUUGUUCUCAACAAAGUAGUCAACUCGAUGCGCCGCAACCGAGACAGGAUUGGCUUCAACGCCUUGCUUCGUGGAAUAAAGACCCAUACCGCUUUAGCCUGGAUGGUGCCCAAGACCGUGCAAAACAUUAUUCUAACCGCAUCAAUGCUCGCCACAAGUCAGCCGAAGCACUUCAAAGCGGUGCUACGCCUCUUUCAGACCCACCCCUACCUCCUGAGCCACGACUGUUGGUCGUUUGUGUACUUCCACUCCCCCAAGGUUCCCCUAAGCGUGAUAGACGGAAUAGCCGAAAAACAUAUAGACAUUACUGCCAACCCCAACGCCUUGCUCCAACGAUGCCUUCGGUCGGUUGGAAAAGCAGCGUUUAGUAAGAACACCAGUCUCUACCUCCAGCAGGGCUUCCCCAAAACAGCCACCUACUAUAAGCUCGCCAUCCUUGAUAUGUGCGCCACGGGCCAUUUGGACACUGCCCUCGCCAUGACGAGGGACAUCUGUGGCCUGCCGUCGCAAUAUUGUGAAAAUAACCGAAAAUCCGAUCGAAAAUUCAAUAAAAAGGUUACAAACGAAGUUUUGGCAGGGAUGAUAGAAGGCGCAACCAAGGCUAAGUCUACCCACCAUGUUACCUCCAUCGAAGAGUAUGUCGAUAACCACCCGGAUUUGAUUCUGGAAAAGACAGUCUUAUUACUCGCAACAGCGUUCCUCGAGUUUUCUUGUUAUGAUAAGGUCUUUGCCAGGCUAGAGGUUUUACUGGAGACCGGUGUCUCCGGCGUAUCUCCCAUAGAGGUGACCAAAGUCAUCGAACACAUUCUCAACGACCACCAAAACUGCAAAGUGGACGUGCUUGAGCUCGUCCUGAUCUGCCUUUGCAUCCACAAAACCUCAUCCAGGAUCGAGCCGUACCUCUGGCAGAAACUCCUCCGUCUUGUGGGCUACCAAUCAGACAUGGAUAUGACUUACAAAAUCUCCAGUUGGCUUGUUGCUGAAUUACGCACCGAAAACCUCCACACCAGCGAAUCACACGCCCGGCGCCCGGUGCAAAGAGUGUUGGGGGUAGAUUUUCAACGGCGGUUUGUCAUCUGGGGGGUCAGAUGCUUUCCUUCUGAGCCAUGGAAGGCGAUAGAGUAUCUAGCAAAACUCCGAGCCCAGGGACUCGUCUUGGACGUGGAUGCCAUCAGGGGACAGGUGAUCCGGGUCCUUCGCCACAUAUGGCUUUCAGAAUACCUGACGUUGAAACCAUUUGAGAAAGCAUGCAGGGAUAAGUUGCGAGAACCGGAGAAAGUGAUGGAAAGAUACAAUGCCGCCUGGAAUAAGCAGGUAUCUAAUGAAGAGGAGUAA